AGGAAAGCAGUCACACGAUUCAAAGAGACUUCUGCGAACGAAACAUUUGAUUCAGUGCAUGGAAGUGAAACAGAGGGAUUCAUUCACUUAAAAGAUUCGUUCAAAAACACCGAUUCGUGAACAGCACCACUGUGAUCCACUUCGAGAUAUUUAGCUUCAUGUUUUGGAUACAGUCUUGGAUACCGUUUUGGCGAAAAAAACUUAAACUGGCGUUCACAACAGACCGCAGAACCUCAUCGGUGGAAACUUUUUAGUCACGAACACAUUAUUUUUCUGUGUUUCUGGAUUUGCGCUGUCCCAGCCAAUGUAGUUGCAGUGGAUCGCGGUCCAGUAAAAGCUUUAUGUUAUCAGAGCCGCGGUUUAAUAUGUUUUAAAGUAUCUGUUUUCGUACGCUGGUAGCAUCACGUGCAAACCUGCCAACGCCUUUUCUCUCUUUGGCUUCGUUAUUCUUCAAGCUCUAGGAAAAUUACCGCAGCGUUCAGUUUUAAAGGGUUUUUAUUAAUUGUUUAUAAACGUUUUGAAAAAUGGGUUGCACGUUAAGUGCUGAGGAUAAAGAAGCGAUGGAGAGGAGUAAGAUGAUUGAUCGGAACCUGCGAGAGGACGGAGAGAAAGCAUCCAGAGAAGUCAAACUACUGCUGCUCGGUGCUGGGGAAUCAGGGAAGAGUACAAUAGUUAAGCAAAUGAAGAUCAUUCAUGAAGAUGGUUACUCAGAUGAGGAGUGCAAGCAGUAUAAAGUCGUGGUUUACAGCAACUCUAUUCAGUCCAUCAUUGCCAUUAUCAGGGCCAUGGGCCGUUUAAAGAUCGACUUUGGGGAACCUGCAAGAGCGGAUGAUGCCCGUCAGCUUUUUGUGCUCGCCGGCACUGCAGAGGAAGGGGUCAUGACCCCUGAACUCUCUGGGGUCAUUCGCCGGCUGUGGAAGGAUGAAGGAGUGCAGACGUGUUUCAUCAGAUCACGAGAGUAUCAGCUCAAUGAUUCAGCAGCCUACUACCUGAAUGACCUGGACAGGAUAUCCCAGCCCACCUAUAUGCCCACUCAACAAGAUGUGCUGAGAACUCGGGUCAAGACCACUGGCAUUGUAGAAACACACUUCACCUUCAAAGAGCUCUACUUCAAGAUGUUUGAUGUUGGUGGUCAGCGUUCAGAGCGGAAGAAAUGGAUUCAUUGUUUUGAAGGCGUCACUGCCAUUAUCUUCUGUGUGGCUCUCAGCGACUAUGACCUGGUCCUAGCUGAAGAUGAAGAGAUGAACCGUAUGCAUGAGAGCAUGAAGCUUUUUGACAGCAUCUGCAACAACAAGUGGUUCACAGACACAUCCAUUAUCCUCUUCCUCAAUAAGAAGGAUCUAUUCGAGGAGAAGAUCAAGAGAAGUCCACUCACGAUAUGCUACCCAGAAUACUCUGGAACAAACACAUAUGAGGAAGCAGCGGCCUACAUCCAGUGCCAGUUUGAGGAUCUGAACAAAAGAAAGGACACAAAGGAGAUCUACACACACUUCACCUGUGCCACAGAUACCAAGAACGUACAAUUCGUGUUUGAUGCAGUCACUGAUGUCAUCAUCAAAAAUAACCUCAUAGAAUGUGGCCUCUAUUGAAGCAUCAUCUGUGUGCUAAGUUGCUAAUGGAGGAUUUCAGAGCUUCACUGACUGGUUGUUCCUGGUUUUGUGUAAUUCCUCUGGCAGCGAAUGAGCGAGAGAGACUGCCACCUCGCUGCAUGCACCCUUCACAUGAAAUGCGGUACCUAUGACCAUGAACAGGAUUUUUGAGACUCUUUUAUUUCCCCUCAUCCUUUUUUAUAAUGACAGUCUGUGAUGGUCAUUAUUUCUUUGCCACUUCCUUUUAGUCUUUAUUUUACUGCCAAUACAGCUUCAUUCUGUUCAUUUCCUGUUUCCUCUAUCAGUAUUACAUGACACACCACUAUGCAUAGAUCAAAAUCUACAAUGGACGGUAUCAUGUGACUAUAUAUCAACCCCCAUUACAUCAAAUAUCUUUAAGAUUUCAAUCUGAGUCCUAUUAAUAACAGUCUAUCAGUUCUUAUAGGAAAGUAACAAUUUUGCUGUGCAUUUCAUAGUGAUUAUUUAGCUAAUUUAUUAAUUAUUUAGGUCUGUCUUUAAGACUUUAUUUGCAAACAUAUCAGAAUUUUGAAGAAUUAAGUCGUAUGAUGAGUGAAACGGAGCUAGUGUGGGAACUAUCAUUGAACGUUGUGUUAUAUUGUUAUUGUACCUUUAGUAAUUUAGCAACAGGACACAUUUUUUCACUAAUUAGACAUGAAUCGCUUUAUAUAACACAGUUUAUAUAACACACUAUUUUUGUAUUUCUUGAGGACCAGUAACGGUGUGAACAAAUGCUUUUCUAAUUCUGAAUGGUGCGAAAAUAAUGACCCACUGUUUGGUCAAGAACACUUUGGAACAAAUGCCAUAAAAACAGAGUAUGAUGGCCGGAUUUGCAUUCACAUCUUGAUGGAGUACAGCCUUUUCUAAGACUUGUUUGAUGUGCUUUUGUUUAAUCCUGUGGAUUUCAGUAUUUUUAAACAAACUGACACAAUGUGAUCUGGUUUGUAAUACCUGUAUUUAAUAUGAAAAGGGUUUCCAUUAGUUUAACACUAGAUGUCCAUAGCAUCUUGCUCCCAGAACAUGCCACAUAGCCAGAGUCACCACUAUUUGCAAGACAGCCAAUAUCCACAUAUUCCAGUACUGGAACAUUGAUGUACUCAAUGAAUUAGUCUGGAUUCAUUCAACAAUCUGUGGUUUCCUUUUUAUAUCAGUUUCAACUAUUUUAAACAUGAAAGUGCAAAUGAACAACUAACGGUAAUGAUAGCACUGAAAACUUGGUUAUACCUUUUCAUAUUUUCAUUUUUUUAGUAUUAUUUAAAAAUGUUUUUUCUUUUCCGUUCUUAACGGUUGUUUCUGAUCAUCUAUAAUUGUCCAUAGUACCGUGUCACCAAUUGCUGCAGUUUUGAGGAAAAUACAUAUGCAAACCUUUAAGGAAACAUAUACAUAAUCAGAAUCAGAAAUUAACAACACAUCAUUUGAAAAUAAUCUAUUUUUUGAAACAAUGGAUGAAAGAUUAUUUUAUCUUUUCAGUCUUCAAAGUUCAAACAGUGAAGACAAGUAUACUGAAUCAUACCUAAAUGUAUUUCACCAUGUCAUAUUUUAAUGAGACCGUGUAUUUGAUAUAAUAUUGUGCAAUUGCCAUUUUUGGCUCUUUUAUUUCCUACUUUUCCGAUUGUUUUUCUGAUUGUGCCUAUGGCUCUAAAUGUAUAUUAUGUGUAGUCUCAUGAUUGUUGGAUAUCUUUACUAAUUUUAGCUGUCAUAAAGACACCCCUUUUUUGAUUAUAUAAUGCUCUUAGCAAAAAG